GGAAGGCGGAGGCCAGGAUGCUGGCAGAUCGGGCUGCUCUCAGAAGAAUGGUCCAGUGGAAUGCAGCGGGGGUGACAAACAGCCGGACACAGCAGCAGGCUCGUCUUUUUCCCGCCUGAUAAGGCUGCCAUGUUACUGCUGGUUGGUGAGUCUGCUUCUGUGGUCACAGAGACCAGCACUCAGUUUAUUACACAGCCAGCAAAGCUAGCACGUUAGCUAAGAAAUGUUUCUGAAUCCACAGACAGAGGUUUGAGUUGUUUAGUGCCACAUAACCAAUGUUUUUGAAUAUAUUGGACACAUAAAGCUGCUCACCAGUGGUGUGAGUCAAAGGACUGAGGAGCUGUUCCUGGCCGCUUUUUAGCGCAGACCGUCCCAAACACACGGGAUGUGGCUGUGAGGCGGGCUCCAGUCCGGGUUUUACGGCCUGCGAGAGAGCUGGGCUUUUCCUUUGUGUUUGAACCUCUUCAGUGUGCUCCGUGGGACCGGUGCGGUGGAGACAAGCACUUCCGUUUGCCCUCUCUCAGCUCACUCAUGUCUGGGGGACUAGAACCCCGCUUCUCCGGGGAUGACGUGUUUGUGAGCCGCUUCCCAGUGCACCGCGCCUGCCGGGAUGGAGAUGUUGGGGCUCUGGUCCUUCUGUUACAGCAGCUGUCAAACCACAUCCAUCUAACUGCCGAGGACUCCUUCUAUGGAUGGACUCCCAUUCACUGGGCUGCUCACUAUGGACAGCUGGAGUGUGUGAUGCACCUGGUGGAGAUGGGCUGCGAGGUGAACAGGGUGACCAGUCGAUUCAAUCAGACUCCAACACACACUGCAGCAUUCGGAGGACAUCCUCGCUGCGUGGUGUGGCUCACUCAGGCUGGGGCUGACGUCAACAAGCAGGACUUUGUUGGUGAGGCUCCCAUUCAUAAGGCAGCUCGGUCAGGCAGCUUGGAGUGUAUCCAGGUCCUUUUGAUAGCAGGCGCUAAACCGCAUUUAAAGAAUGCAAGCGGGCAGACGGCAGCAGACCUGGCCCACGCUCAAGGCUUCCACGACUGUUUCUGCUUCAUCUCCAACGCCCAGAAGCACCUGCACCAGCGUAACGUGCCCGAGGGGAACAUAGUGCAGAAUGGAGGCGGUGCCCCCUGUGGUCUGGGCGCGCUCAGCAGAAAGAGGCAGCUAGCAGCCCUGGAUGCGGGCCACCUGAAAAAAGCCAAAAGGGCUGAUGGUAUGCUGGUGCAGAGCAGCGCGCUCGAGGAGCUGGAAGCCAUGAGCCUGGAGCUCAGCACAGAUUUCAACAACGGGCAUCUUCACACUGCGCCUCAUCCUCCACUCUCUCCAAACGCUCGCUCUCCGCCACGUUGUCGGCGGGCUUCAGCUGAGAUGUGCGGCUCGCUGCACCUGAGCGGCAGCCCGGGCGGCUGCGUCUCCAACUGGCCCGCGUGCCUGGGGCCAACAGGGGUGGACUGUGGGGAUUUCUUGCAUUAUGGACACUACCAUGGUUUUGGCGACACGGCCGAGGAGCUGAGUGACAGCAGCUGCAUCCGGGCGGAGCAUCCAUCCAAGCAGGCUGUGGACGGCACCAUCCACCUAUACCACGGCUCAUAAACCCGGAGGGUUAGUCUGCAGACAGAUGUGCUUCCACUAAACUUUAAAGGAUUACUCAGGCGAUGAGAAGUAAUCCUUCUGUGCCUACAGCCCACACCCAGGACGUGUUAGGCUCAGACUGACUCGGAGCGCUGUCCUGUGGCUCAUUCAGCAGGUGAAGCUGGGUUGUGAAAAAGCUGCUUCCAAAAAUAAUCUUCAGGGAUUUCUGUGACAUCACACUGUAGGGCAACACUAUACUCAUAACUAGAGUUAACUUUGUUCUCUUCUUGGUUUAAUCAGCCAGCAUCUCUGCAGUCCUGUCCUCACAGUGGCCUUUCAACCAUGUACAGCUGGUGGGAAUAUUUCACUUGUCUUUGUGCUAAGCGAGGUUAAAAAUGGUUCAGACCAUUAGUAGUAGGGUAGUACGGUGCUGUUUUCACAGCAGAUGCCUGUGUGGGUGUGGAACUCGUCCCGUCUGCUGGGACCUUCAUUAACCGUGGUGUUUACGGCUCGGGCUCAGCUCCUGACCUCCUGCUCACCAUGUUACCUCAGGAGUGUCGCUGCUUUGCUGUGCUGCUGAGAGCUGCGCGUGUGUGUGUCGUUGAACUGCACUGAGGCUGAAAACUGUUUUAGAGAUCUCACUGUAAUUUCAUGAGGCUUAAACCAUUUCUUGUGUUUUGUACGACGGUUGUAGAGGCGCCGUCUGUUUUUCAGAACACGGUGUGUCACACACGACCUUACACUGACCUGCAUUUGUACUCAAUAAAACCUGUUUUACACACA